CCAAAAUGUAGGACGACGACAAACCUCUUAAGAGCUUGCAGUAAAUGGAAAGUUCUGUUGAAUUGGCGGGCUGACAACAUGGAUUUCGACACACCGACAUUGACUUAUGAUGAAGAGGACUAUGGCCGAACGCCACCAAAUCAAAAAGCCAUAUUUAUCUACGAAUGGCUCAGAAAUCUGGAAGAUAACAUUACAACUGUCAAGAAGGUGAGGCAGCAAGAAGCACUUAUCAAAUUCAGCUGUUUUUCAUUGUUUUAUUAUUUAGAAAAUCUGUGCCGUGAACACGCACGUGAAAUACGAAGUCCUACCAAUCUUUACCACGGUAUUUCUAAGCAAAAUUACCGAUGCAACGUCUACUGAUCGUUGUUUUUUAGAAUUAGGGGCUAGUUUGUCACUACCAAGCACGACCAGUACCAGUAAUUCGUUUGCAAAAAGAACAUGAGAUGAUCGUGGUAGAUAAUAACGAUUUCAUGUUAGAUUAUAAAACCUUUUUUUACUUUUAAAUCACAGUCUGAUACGUGUUUUUGGCUAGUUGCUCUGCUCGCAUAAUUCUCACUGAUUUGUUAGUGAAGUUGGGAAAAUGUAACCUACUGGAAAAGCUGUGACAACCUUACGUUGAUUUACUAUGAUUUUCUUUAUAAUGAAAACAAAACAUUAUCGACCCUCAUUUGUGGACUAGAUUUUGUCAUUAUUAACAAAACAGUCAUGCAGCAAAUGGUUGGAACCCAGGAGUGACAGCUGAAAAGAUCAUUUUGGUGUUAUCAUUUAAGUUGAUAACGUGAAUUGGCUAGCAUAAGGAGAUUCAACAUAAAUCCAGUUACUCAUGCCAUUUACUGAACCAGUGCUUUAUUGACAAUAAAAAACUAUUAAAUUCCAGUUGUUUUCAUUGUGAAGUAAAUGUCAAUAGGGUUGCCUCAAUUUUCCCUGAUGAAGGGGUAACACUAGAAACAUAAGCUUUAGAAUGUCUUUACGGAGGCCAAUUUUCACCAACAACUCAUUUGAUAAAAACCAAAUUACCUUGCAGUAGACCUGAUCACUUACACAGCACCACAGUUUCUUUAGAAACUUAUCCUUCCACCUUUUCCUAGUCCUGAAAAGGACUCUUAUCAGUAGGACUGACUGACAUUUCUGUAUAAAGGGAGUAAGCUCCUAAAGAAACUGUGGUGCUGCAUGGGUGGGAGAGUAUAACAGACAAUUUGGUGUUAACAGCUGAGUUGAAAAUGUAAAUUAGCCACUGUUAAGAGUUUAAAGGUUAACAUUUCAAGCAUUAGCCCUUCGUCAGAGGGAUUGACAAAGGGCUAACGAAGGACUAAUGCUGGAAACAUCAACCUUUAAUCUCUUUACGGUGGUUAAUUUAGUUAAUCAACUCAAUUGUUAACAAUAAAUUACUUGACAUUUCUAUCAUGUGAGCAGAAGUAAUCUGUCACCUCAGCUGAUAAGAGUAAUUUUUAGGACCACCCUCACCCAAAUAAUGCCUCACACAAAUGAUGAGAUUUAAUGAUCAAAGCAGUAAUCAUUAUCCUAAUUCUUGAUUGUGGGUGUUGGUUUUUAUAGACAGAGGUAAAAAAUUGUCAACAGAAGCUUGAGGAACAACUCUCUAAGCACUUGACUAUAGUGCUUGGACCUCCAACAAGACAGCUGCUCUCUAGAUGCUUUGCACUGCUGUACAGUAUCGGUAACACCACAACAUUGUAUGAAACAGUCAACAAGUGCAGUGAUACCAUCAAGUACAAGGAUGAUUCACAGUCUUACCUUCCAAUAAAACUGUAAGCAUAAACCUUUAACCCCCAAGAGUGUGAGGCAUCUUAUUUCUCCUAACAAGAUCACUCCUAAAUCAAACAUUAAGGUCACAAAAAUAAAGAAAUUAUUACAAAUUCAAGAAGGUCUUGAUUAGUAGACAAAUUAUCCUGGGAAGUGCCUGAGUUAGGAACUGAUUAGAGAGCAGUAUGGAGACAAUGCGUACUGAUGCAAGGAACAGUGUUUAUUUUUCCACCUCUGGUUACCCUGUGAUAAUUGUUUUUAUAUGAAUGUUUUAGAUCAAGUAUUUGUGUGGCUAGGUUGUUUAUAGCAGAAUUAGCUUCAGUUUUGGUUUAAAUGCCAUAAUAACUCAUAGGUUUUGUACAAACUUAGUUAUUACAGGAUUAGUGCUACUUUGGUCUUAAGAAACAGAAUCCUUAAAAAAAAAAGUUUCAUCUGUGCCUGUAUGUGGGAAAGGUUUGUCAUGUUCUUGUAAUAAUGUUUAUAUUGAAUGAAAUGUUUUGAUUGUGUUGUCAGGUCUGCAGUAACAUGCAUUGGUGCCAUUUAUGAGAAACUAGGACGAAUGGUAAUCUGAAUUUAUCACAACUUUGCAAUUUUCUCAAAAUGUUUCAAUGUUAAACUUGGAGGAAUUAUACUUACUGAAAAAGAUAUCAAUCACAGGUGAUUUUCAUUUCAUCUUGUAUUUUCUCAGGCUGGUGGAUCUUAUCAGGAGACUGUGCAGACUCUAAUCAAAGCAAUGAAAAAUGCUGAGGUAUCUAAGGCUUUGAUUUAUUCAUUUCAUUGUUAGUAGCAAUAUACAAUCAACUAUUUGAUAUAAGUAAUCAUGUUUCUACUUGAUAAGAGUUCAUGACAUUCCUCUGAAAUAGAAUCUUGCUGGAAUUUUUUUAAAGUUUAAUUCACUUGCUCUUUAUUUACAAGACAGAGAAUAUUUAAUUAUCUGUCAGUAAAUGGUUUAUUUUGCAUGAUUUAUCUUGCAGUCUCAAGGACGCUGUGAAAUCAUGCUGAGUCUGCAGCGAGUUUUAAGUGGUCUAGGUAGUAAUGGAGCAGCCUUACACAGAGAUAUUUACAAAGCUGUAAAAGGAGCUUUGACCGACAGAAGCAUGUCAGUUAGAUGUGCAGCCGCAAAGGUAUUAUAAAUUAUGCGAAAAAAUAAUCCACACAAGUAGACUGCUAUUUAAGCAGUUGUGGAAAAGAAAUGUAAAGAAAUUCAGACCUCAACUCAAUUCAAACUUGUGCCUCCCAGUUACUACAAGGUAAUUUGGUAUUAUCAACUGAAGUAACAUUUAAAUUGGCCACCAUUAACCCCUUUAACUCCCAGAAGUGAUCAACAUGUAACUUCUCCCUAUAAUAUCCCUAUCUUAUUUAGUAAACAGGAAACGAGAAUACUCAAACUCAUCAGGUACAAGAUAUUGCCUUGACUGAACACCUAAUUCUCAUAACCAAUUUACAGGCAAAUGUGUAGCAGCCAGAGGGGAGAAUUGUGAAAGUGAAUGCUUUCUCUUAGUUACGAAGACUUUUUAUAGUGAAUGGUUUGAACUUAGUGGCGACGCAUGAUUGUGUGGUCUGAUUGUCUGGGUGAGAAAAAUCCUUAAAGGAAUGUUGUCUUUAGUUUUCGAUCAUGUUUGGACAACCUGAGCAAGGUCAUUGUAGGAAAAUUUGAUGUUUUUGGUCUUAAGGAGGUGGCCAAGAGAAACUUGUGUGACCAGAAUGGAAAAAUCGUAAAUUGAGAGAAAUGUAUUAAAAUUUGAUUGAAAGGAAUUGUUAAAACUGCUAAAAAAUUUAUUAAAAUAGUACAUCACCUAAAUUAGUAUUUGUAAUAGGUUUGUAGCACCUCAGGGAAAAUUUAAAAAACUGUGAAAAUCUAAAUCUUGUUGUCUUUCAUCAGUUGCAGAGAUGUGUCAUACUGAAUUGCAAUAACCUACAGGAAUUUCUUUACAUUUCAGUGUGCACUGGAGUUAAUGAAACAUGCCAACUUCCUGUACACUUCUGAAUUGGAGAGUGUAAUAUCAACAUGUUUUAAAGCCUUGGAGGGUUCUAAUUAUGAUGUACGAGUCUGUGUUGCUCAACUGAUUGGUACAUUAAUGGCCAUGACGCAACAGAUUUCUUCAGUAACAGCAGCAGCUGGAAAGAACAAGAAGACAUGCAGUCUGGAAGAAGUGUUUGCCUACAUGUCUGGAGGAUUCCUGCGGGGAGGAAUUGGAUUUUUGAAGGGAAGUGGAGGGGAGCUGUUGAAGAGUAUUGCUCCACGAGAAGUGAGAGUGGGAGUUACUCAGGUACGGAAUUUAAGUGAGAAGUUUAUCAAGUUAUAGAAGCUAUCUUGUAGGAGCUUUGUCAACAACAACACACUAAAACAUUUCACAACACUUUGAUUUAAAAAGAAAUAUUGGAGAAUAUGUCCACUUUUAUAAAUCUUGGGUAAUCAGGUCACAGAAAUUUGGGUCUUCUUGGUGUCAUACAAAAUUGCUUUAAAUCAAAGGAAAUUCUUAUGAACUCUAAUUUUGUUUUCAGGCCUAUGUGAUAUUUUUUACUGAGAUGGGAGGCCUGUGGGUGCAGAGGAACAUCAACUUGAUCUUGAAAAAUGUUCUGGAGCUCCUUUCCAGUCCUAAAGCCACUCAAACCCAUGUGGAUGCAGUGUACUCCAGACGUUCUAUUUCAUUUAUUCUGCGGGCUGUGCUCGGACGGCAUCUUGGUGAACCAGCUCAGUUAGAUGCAGCAAAGGAACUGUGCAGCCUAAUAACAAAGCAAAUGAAUAAAGUGAAUGAUUCUGUGCAUAGUGCAUCAGAUGGCAGCAGUUCAGCUAGUGUUAUUCAGAACACGGAUGAUGUGAUCAACACUCAACAUGUUCUUGUGUGUGCUCUGCAAGAACUAGGAUGUUUAGUUCAAGGGCUCAGUACCACAGCCAUGUCUCUUAUUCAGGAGAACCUCUUGGAUCAUGUUCUGUCAGUGUUGCUGCACCCAGCUCCUGCUGCUCAACUGCUUGCUGCCUGGUGUCUGAGGUGCAUCACAGUUGCUGUUCCAUCACAGGCAACACCACUCAUCGACCGGUGUAUCAAUCGUAUCAGUUCCCUCAAGUCAUCUGGGGAAGCAGUUGGAGGUUAUGCCCAUACUUUAGCAGCUCUUGUUGGAGGAGUUCAUAAGUGUCCUCUUGGUAUCCCUCAUGCUAAAGGAAAGGUACAGUCACACUUUUGAUUGAGAAAAAUUCUCAACUGAGAGAAGAAAUUAAUCCAGUAUUGUGUUGGUUUUGUUUCACUACUCUCUAUAGUGAUAUAAAAAACUCAUGCCGUACUCGCAAUAAAUCAGAUGCAAAACCAUAACCAAUUGCAACUUAAUAAGUAGUGUUUCCAGUGCUAAAGGCCAUUUUAUAUUCUUAUAUGUUUAUUUAAAUGUUAAUUAGUAUGUUUUCUGAGGCAUGUUGCAAUAUUUACCUUUUUAUUAGGGGCCUGAUUAAUUAGAUAUUAGUCAGUUUCUUGUAGUAUAAAGCAAACAUGACAUGCAAUUUUCUUUGAUUAUCUCCAAAGAAGUAUAUAACAUUGUAUGUACAAAUCUGAAAUGUAAUAACUAUGUAGCAUUGAUAUUUUUUGGAAAUGAACAUAACAGGUUCUCCAUUAGUUGAUGUCCCACAAAUGUAUUCAUUUUUUUUAUUUUUUAGGUUGUAUUUAACGUAGCAAAUGAGCUUCUAAAAACUGCUAAUCAGAAUCCAAGACUUGCUCUCCACAAAGCUAAAGCUGGAUGGAUACUCUUGGGAGCAUUGAUGACAUUAGGUGAGAAGUCUGUUUAAUGGAUAGAGCAGUUUUCAUUUUCAAAAAUAAUCUAGGGCUGUAUUGAUUUUUGUUUUGCUUUCCUCUGUGAUUUUUCUUGAAAACUUGCACCCCUCCCCAUUAAUCAGUCAUGUCCAAAACUAAAACCAAUCACAAUUUGGUCACUUAGUAUUACCAGGGUUUGUACACUGACAGUGUGUUUGUUUUUGUAACAUCAAGUUCCUUUUGGCUUUUUGAGAUGUUUGCCUUUACUUUGAUCACAUGUACAGCUGUAGCUGCUAUAUUCACAUUUCUUUUGGUUUUUGCUCUAGUUAUUUAGGAAAUGGUUUACUGUCAGUUGAUCUCAUGGAACUGAAUGAUUCUUUCAAUCUCUCUUUUCUCUUGUUAAUUUACAUGCUCUCAAACUAUAAAGUGAAAAUGAAGCAUGUUGCUUUUGAAUGUCAUUGCACUCAUUUUGUAAUACAGUACAUCUAAGAUAAAAUUCAACAGGGGUAAUGGUAAAUUAAAGUGAAACUUGUUCAACUUGUUAUUUUAUCUGGUAGGGCCAUCAGUUGUCAAACAUCAUUUGCCACAGAUGCUUGCUCUGUGGACAAAUGCUUUUCCAAAGACAGUGAAGGAAUUUGAUCAGGAGAAGACCAGAGGUGAUGCAUACACUUGGCAUGUCACUAUGGAAUGUCGUGCAGGAGCACUGUGUUGUAAGUAUUUACAUGGAAUUUAAUUUUUACAACUUGGUUAUCACUGGAAAGUUAAAGUACAACUUGAUCUCAAUAAAAUAAAAUUUUGCUUUAAAGCCCUGUGGUCCAGUGUCUAAUUUUGACAGAAUCAUUUACUUUGCUUUUGUUGUUGUUGUUGUGCAGCAAUGGCAAGUUUUUGUGCAAACUGUUCUGCUCUUCUAAAUGAUGACCUCACCAAGCGUCUGCUGGCUACUACUGAUGCAUGUUUAGCAAUGCUUCCAAGGUUAGUUCAUUAUCACUUACAGUGGAGUUAUAAGUUUGAUUGCAAUUUCUUAGUCUAUUGCAUUUCUAGGUGAUUGUGCUUUCAAUUUUUACAAAUGAUCUUGGUUUAGUCCACCACUGAUACACUUUUUCACUAGUAUGGUGGGUAGCUGCCAUAAAUGUUGUAAUAGAAGAGGGCAGUUAUCUCCUCUCCUCAUAAGCAAGGAGGUCACCAUGGCAACAGAGUCAAAGUUCCUGCAAACCUCCCUUAGGUCCCCCACACCUCAUUGUCAAAACCACAAAAUAUAAACUUAGGUUUUUGUAAAUUUUGCCUAAAUUACCUUUGGCCUUGUUAUCAUUAUUUUUUCUUUCUCUGGAUCAGCCUACCUCAGAUCAUCAAGCAGCAUGGAAAUCACUUGAAAGCAAGUGCUGCUAUUGUGCGACUGAGAAUGUACUCAGUACUAACUCUUCUUCCACCAAAAUCUUAUGAAGGUAUCCAUGUACUUUAUGUUUACAGAACCUAUUUCAUAUUUUCAGAUUUUCUUUUAUUUCUUAAGGUGCAUAUGAGAUGAACAGUUAAAUUUCUGUAGCCAGGAUCCAUCUUUACAGAUGGAAGAUGUUUAUGAUUUGUUUUCAUUGGUGAAUUGAGAAUGAUAGUGUUGUUUGUGAGUGUCAGAGUCAUAGUGAAUUAUUUGGCAAAUAAAAUUUUGUUGGUUUAAUUUGUUUUUCAUCAUGGUCCUCAUGCUUUAAAUGUAAAAGCUAAACUGUAAAUCAUGUUGCUUCAGAUAGAUGUCAACUCUCUAAAAUGUUUGCUCUUGUAGGAAGUUUUCAUUCUUUGCUACGUAGCUUGGUUGCAGAGUUUACUUUGGCAGAAAAUCCUGCUAUGACAACCACAUCUUUGUUAAAAACUGUGUGCCAUAAAGAUGAUUCUAUUCUUCUUGGGUCAUGGCUUCAAGAAACAGACCACAAGUUUGUGGAGGAGCAGGUUUGUGACACAACUUUGUUUGACUAAUUCUUCCCAAGGACUGUUGUAUGUUUUUACAAAACAAAACAGUCUAAUUAAUCUGGUUCCUCUUACCAUUUCAUAUCAUAACACUACAAUGAGUUUUGAGGACAGAAUAAAAUUUAGCCAUGAAGAGAUAUAAUCACUUGUUCAAGGUGGUCAAACUUGCCAGAGGCUGACCAAGCUGCUAUCAAGGUUAAAAUAAAGUGUCUAUUCAGACUACUUACCCCUCAGCAGUUUUCAAGAGUCCCUAAGAUAUAAUAUAUUUGAAUAGAUAGAUCAUUAAAGAGUAAUGAUUGUUUCAAUUUUAAUCUUUCAGCUACAAACCAACAGUGCAUCAGGGUCAGGAUCUUUAGAGCAUGAUCCCUCUUGUAUAUUUGAACGCUGUCCAGAGGUAAGUGGACUCUAACAUGUCUCAAACAUACAGCAGCUGCUAUCCUUUACUCACAACAUGCUUUAAGCAUAGCUAAUCUGAGCACCAAGUGCUUGUCAUAAACAUGUGUAAACAAAGUAAUGGCCAUGCCCACCACUGAGUUCUCUUUAGCUCUUUGGUAGAAAAUGAGUCUGAAAAAUCUGUCUUAGUGUUUGAUAUUUAUUCCUUGUAAAUGACCCAAAUUUUUUUCUUUGUCAAAUACUCAUUACAGAAUGAAUAACAUCUAAUUUUAUUUGACAACUAAGCACAAAAUUUAGAUCCCUUCUUCUUCAAUGCAAUCUUUUUUCUGUCACCUAUCUUAGGGAGAAGACAUUCCUGGUCCAUUACCUUUGGGUGUGGCUGUUAUUGAUGAGUCAAUUAAACUGUUUGGAACUGUGUUCCCAUUUGUGGCUCAGAAGCAUCGUAGCCAGUUAUUAUCUCAUUUUGCUGAAUGUAUUCGUCAAGCAAAGUCCUCGAGACAACAAGCAAUACAAACAAAUGUAUUGACAGCAUUUUUGUUUUCUUUAAAGGUAAGUUAGGCACACCAAAAUUCAAAAUUAUCUUUAGUAUUUUUACUUUUCUUUUGACUUAAAAUUAGUCUGUAACAAACUAAUGUCAGUGGAGACAAUAGUCUUUCUCACCUAAUUCUAUGGUUGACUUGUUUCCUGACAAAAUAAAAGUCUGAAGAAAUCCUAGAGAUGCUUAAAAGGAAGUUAUUGUGCCUUUUUUAAUUUUCCCACAUUAGGGUAUUGCUGAAGCAAAAACUGGUCUGGGUGAUGAAGAUGUAAAGACCACAGCUGUUAAUUUAGUAAUGGUGAGUACUAAAAGUGUCUAUCUAACAAAAAUUACAAGGUUUGUAUGGUUACAGUACAGCUAACACACUGUUACAUUGCUCUGACUCCCUAUGUAACCCUUUCAGAAGUCUCGUAUCUUUGCAUUCCUUCAGUUGAAAAACAUUAAAGAGUGUAAUUAUAGUAAUUCUGCUUUUACUCUAGAUAUCCAUAUUAAUAGUACUUGAUUUAUUUACUGAUUUAUUGUCCCUUUACUUCAACAGAAUGCCAUAACAAAUUCAGACCCUAUUGUUCGCUGUGCUGCAGGAGAAGCCCUGGGUCGCAUUGCACAAGCUGUUGGGAGCCCUGUUCUCACAUCAAACAUUACUCAGAAGAUCUUUGAUCAACUGAAGGCAGCAAGGGAUGCAGUGUCCAGAACAGGCUACUCUGUUGCUCUGGGCUGUAUCCAUCGUUAUGUGGGUGGAAUGGCUUCAGGUCAUCAUCUUAACAGCAGUGUCAGCAUACUUCUUGCCUUAGCUAAGGAUAAUUCAUCAUCUUUGGUUCAGGUAUGUGCAAUGUAUACUGCUAUGUUUAACAAGUGAGAGAUGCAGUGUCCUAACAUUUAGGCAGUGGACACCAAGUGAAGAGAUCAGGGUUCAAGCACAGGUCUGAUCAUCAUGUUGUGUUAAUGGGCAAGACAGUUUACUCUCACAGUCCACCUAGUAGUAUUAUAAAUUGGUACCAGUAACAGCAAUGUAAUAGGGUAGCCUGACAAAAUCCAGGGGUGUAAUUUGGGCUAGACAGGUAUCUCCUCCUGGGAGAGAAAUGAUGCUUUUACACACCUGUGCUAGGGAAACUGGAACAAGCUCCUGUCAUCACUGUGGAUCACUAGGCCAAGAUUUUGACUACAAAGUCUUAGAACUCUUUUAAAACAUUAAAAAAAAAACCUAAAUGACAAGUAGUUUUUUUGUAUCAUAUUUGUUAGUAAUAAUGCAGUCAUCUAAGUUUCUUGAUUUUGUUUGCCUGACCCAGGUAUGGGCACUACAUGCCUUAGCCCUUAUUGCUGACUGUGGAGGGCCAAUGUUUAGAAGCUAUGUUAAUCCAACAUUAGAGCAAGUUGUUGAUCUGGUAAUGACUGUCCCACCAGCCAUCACAGAGGUUCACCAGUGUCUUGGAAAGUGUUUAGCAGCACUUAUCACCUCAAUAGGACCUGAAUUGCAAGGUAAAAGAGUUGAACUCUACCAGGUAGAGUUUAAAAGUCAAGAUUUGUUGGAUUUGGUACAACUGUUAAAUAACCUUAUAAACAAUGAAGUAUGUUCAGGUCUUGAACAUACUGCAUUGUACUAUGGGCUCAAAGGGUUAUUUAUGGGUUGUACAAAAUCCAACAACUCUUGACUUUUUCAUCAUAAUCCAGGGUAGACUGAGAUUAAAUAUCUACUUUAUAUAAGAAUGAAGCUUUUUAAAAUUGCAUAUCAGGUAAUUCAGAUGUAGCAGUAAGGUUAAGUUGCUCAUCUUUAUCACCAUUGUUAGGUAUAAUUGGUAACUAGAAUUUGUAGUGUUGGUUUUUAGGAAGGGUGGGAAAGUGGAGAACUGGGAGAAAAAACCCCUGAAUAAAGGAUGAGAACCACUGUGCCAUUCCUGUUCCUUUAAGGCUCUUAAAACCUUCCCAAAAUCUUAAUUGAUAGACAAGAUCCAAUUAAAUUAUUCUCAAUAAAUACAAGUUACGAACUCUUGAUUUUAGGAACUUCAAAGUCUAUAAGAGAUCUGCGCCUGUCCUGCAUUGUGGCAUGUGCCAUCAUGCAAAACCAUCCAGAUUCCUUAGUACAAGGAGAAGCAAUUAACUGCCUUCAACAGCUUCACGUGUUUGCUCCAAGUCAUAUCAACCUAGGGCUUGUGGUCCGUAAACUCUGUGCCAACCUGUCAAGUCCUCACUUAUUGUUGCGGAGAGCCACAGUAGCCUGCCUGCGUCAACUGUCCCAACGUGAAGCUAAAGAAGUUUGUGAACAUGCAUCAGCUGCUGGAGAGGAGCUUCAUAAGCAACAACAGUCCAGUUACGCUGUUGUCAUAGGAGACAAAGGCCUGGAAGGUGAAAGAUUUUUGUGUGUGUUUCCUUGCCUAUAUGGGCCAAAAAAAUUGUAUGUAGAUUAAGUCAGCGCAUAAGAAUCUUCAUGAAGAAAUUGAGGGUGAUGACAAGAGGUGAUCUGAAUAUUACGCAAACAUAAAGUAGCAAGUAACAUUAUUAAGGUAACUACACAGUCAACUCAUUUUGCCACUUUACUGAAAUGACUCUGAAAAUUUUUAAUCACCACUACUUGAUGAAGGGGACACUUUGCUAAAAAUAGACUCAUGAUGUUUGUCCUAAAGGGAUCUAUCUAGAAGAAGGUUCAAUUUUUAGGUUAACCAGGCUAUUAAUUAGCCUUACUCUCCAUGGAUGUGUUUUUAAAUGCUUUGCAUGUACUUCCCCUUAUCACACCUAAAUUUUAUCCCCUUACUCAUCCAAGUUUUUCUGUAUCAGGGGCACUGUUUGGUAUGUUGGACACAGAAACAGACUCACGCAUGAGAUCUGAUAUUCACGACACAUUGAACAGCAUGCUGCAGACACUUGCAGCUCAAAACCUGACACAUUGGCUGGGCCUCUGUAGGGAUGUGCUGUCUGCAUCCAAAAGCAGCAAAGCAGCGAAAGGACCAGAAGUUCAAAAGAGGGAUGAAGAACAAGGUUGAAAUACUUUUCUUGCUUAAGGAACUGGAUGUCUAAAGGGGCUUAAAUAAGCAAAGAGUUCACUUUGUUCUUUUUUGAAAUCAAAUGUCUAUGUGAGGUACUACACCUCUAGUCUUAAACAUGGAUCCCUCAUUCUUGAUCAGGAGCUCAGACAAACCCAUUGGGUGGGGUGUGCAUAGUGAUAUAGAGUGCUCUCAUAUAUUUACAUGAAGAAGUAGUUCAGCAUGGUUGGGGUCUUAUCAUUGUGGUACACUAAUGUUGACCUGUUUUUGUUUAGAUAAACCAACAUGACCACUUUAACAUCAUGUGAAAACAUCCUAGGGGUGAAUUGUCCCUGUGAAUGUAUGGUCUUAAGCAUACAUGCUUUUAAGCAUACAUGUACAUUACAACAUUUAGAGCUUGGUAGGAAAGCUUUUAUCUAAGAAAAGUGAAUCAGAAUAUUUAAUGAAAUGGCAUUUUGUUUUGUUUUGAACUAUGUACACAAAUAGAGGGUGAAGAGGCAGGUGAAGGUGAUACUGACGAAGGUGGAGGAAUGACAGCAGGAGAAGCUCCUGAGGAAACACACCCUAAAGUGGAUCCACGCUGGCCAACCAGAGUGUUUGCAACUGGGUGUAUCAAGAAAAUUAUUGUCGUCUGUCAAUCAAAACAGGGUCAUUUUGAUUUGGCAGUAGCACGAAGAUUGCGAGAGGAGACUGGAGAGGGUGAGAUAAUUUUAGAAUAAACUUAACAAUAAACACUCUGAUAAGUUGUUCCUCUCAACAAGCCCCAUUGUUUGAUAAUUCCUUGGUCUACCCCCCUGACCUCCCCUAGACUACCCCUCACACUUUCCCUGGUCUAACCUCCUCUACUCCUCAGUCUAUUUCCUCACCCCCCUCAACUACUUAGGUCUACCCCCCUUGACCUCCCUCAAUUCCUCCCCCUGCUUCCCUUAGUCUGUUGAGAAUCCAUCCCCAGAGGCUUGGAGUGUUUACAGCCUACAGAGCGCAGUUUAAUUGAAUAUACAUGGAUUCUAUAGUGGAUGAAUAUCUUUGUGAUCAAGUUUCUCGUGUGAUCAUAGAUAAAGUGGUAUUUUAAAUUUUGUAAUUGAGUCAUAACCAUGUGUUUACUUAUAAAAAUAUCAAGGAGGCUUCUGAUGUUUUUUAAUGACAGGAUGACCUUGGACUUAAUUUGGUUUUCUUUGGUAGAUUUUCUUGUUAUGCAUCUUCAAGAGCUUGUCAGAAUGGUGUUCAUUGCAGCCACAGCAACAUGCGAUCAUUUGAAGCUGGAGGGACUUAGCACUUUACAGGUACAGUAGCUUAUUACUUGCAGAUACUAGAAAUUUCCCUUGUCAUAAAUGUUUAGGAGUCAGUCACUUUUCUUAGUAAUCAGGUAAUUGUAACAUCCAUGUGAAAUUAUGUUAAAAAACAAAACAAAACAAUUGAAUGAGAAUCUGAGACAGUUUUUUAAAUUUUUUUUUUAUUCAUUCUGUAUCUGGUUUUGUUGCUGUUGUUGUUUUUUUCAUUCAGGAUGUAGUCAAUAUGUUUGCAUCAGUACCUGAUCCUGAUUAUCCAGGGCAUGUUAUUCUGGAACAGUUUCAGGCUCAGGUAAGAAACGGCAAUUCACUGAUAAAAGAAAUUAAAGUAGGUUGCAGUGUUACACUUACACAAACAGUCAACAGUAUACUUUAUUUUAAUUAGUAUUGAUAAAUAAUAUUUUGUCAAAAUAUUUGUAACAAUAUUUGUGACAAUAGUAAGACAAUGACAUAGACCUGCUUCUCAAAUAUAAAAAUUUUUGCCAUAAAUAGGUUGGGGCUGCUCUGCGACCAGCAUUUGCUUCAGACAUGCCCUCUGAUGUCACAGCCAUGGCAUGCGAGGUAAGAAGUGACACUCAAUCUUGUGAUAUGGGUCCUAAGCUCCAUAUGCCUCUCCUGUCACCUGCUAUGCCAAAUUAAUUCCCUUCCUACCCCACUAGCCCAACAGAGAAUACCUUGGUAUGUCACUGAUUUGAAACCUUUUUCAGAGUUGGAACCUGUGAAGUCUAUGGUAUAAGAAAUAUAUUUUCAUUAAUUGUGUUGUUGUUUUGUAAAAUGACUCUGUGUUGUCAAAACUUUCAUUUAUGUGAUAAGCAACUCACAAAAACACUUACAAAUGGUUACAGGUUGUGUCAGACUAUACUUGGUCUAAUUGGCAUCACAGCAGAUGUAUUGACCAUAUAUAAUAUUGCUUUAUUCUCAGGUUUGUAGUGCAUGGAUUGCCAGUGGUAUUGCAAGAGAUCUUAAUGAUGUACGAAGGAUUCAGCAACUGUUAGUCACCAAGCUGUCAAAAGUUGGGGAGGCCAAAGAUUCUUCUUUACAGCUGUACAAUGAAGCAGCUACUACAAUGGAGAAACUAGCAGUUUUGAAAGCUUGGGCUGAGGUACUGAUAGUUUAUAACAUCAGUGAUAGUAAAGCAAGUCCACUGGUAUUCUGCUGAAAAUUUGGAACCUCCCUUGAUAUUCUCUUAAUGUGGAUGAUAUUUUCAUCAAAAUUUUUGUGGAAGCCUUAAUUGUUCCAUCAACAGCAAGUUGAAAUAUUUACUUUAUGUAUAACAUCUUGAUUAGUCAAUUUUUCAGUUCCCAAAUUUCAAUUGCUACAUGUUGCUCAGUUGGCUUCUAAUACAUGAGACAAAUUAUUUUAAUUUACAACUCUGCCUCAUAUAUGUAUGUUCAUCUAUGUCAUCUUUCUGCCUUAACAACUCAUGAGGGAAGAUUUAGAGGGAAGAUGCCUCUUAAUGAUAAAUUUCAUAGACAUUUAUCACUGAUGAAUCUGAGUUUUUUUUUCAAUGAAUUCCUACAGGUGUAUAUAGUUGCCAUGAAGCAGCAGGACAGUCCAUCACCAGUGAAUGCUGGAGAUGAAGAGUUUUCUGAACCAGCUGGGAGCCUGUUGGAGCUGGUAGAACCUGAGUUGAAAUCUCUCAGUAAAUACUGGCUUGGUGCACUGAGAGAUCAUGCACUUCUUUCUCUACCUGCAGAGUAUGCAUCUCAGUUGCCUCCCCAUGGUGGAAUGUUCUACAGGUUUGAGAUGUUGUUUCUGUAGCUGUUGUACUCUACAAACAAAUGUUUGGUCAACAAUAAUGUUUUCCAUUCACUCAUUGUGGAACAUCAAUGUCUACAAUUGACUCCAUGGGUGUCAAUACCUCUUUUCUUGACCCUGUAACCCAAGAUCUGAUUGCUUAUCUAGCUGCUACUCAUUUCCUUUUAAAUUAGUUAUGAGAAUUUGGUGUUAGAUCAAAACAGCAACUUUAACUGUACAAAUCUGUAUGCAAGCAGCUUUCCUUGCACCCCUGUCACACCAGUUCUUUUCUUUCUUAAGAUCUGUGUUUUGAAUCAUAUUGUCUUUUUUGCAACUCUUUUCGUUUUUUAGUCCUGACUCAAUGGAGCAAGCCAAGCCACAUUACCAAAGUUGUUGGCCUUCCAUUGUUCAUGCAGCCUCCUUGUGGCUGAACAAUGGUGGAUUUGAAAGCACCAAACGUGAUAUGGAGCAAGGUAAGAGCACUAAAUAUGUCCCCAUUCUAAUGAACGCUGCCUGGCUAUAAUUGACACAGCCAUAUCUAUCAGCAAUGCGGUCCCUAACUGGAGACAAUAUUCAUUUAGAAUGAUUUGAUGUUAAUGUGACAACUUUUAGAGUGAAAUUUAACACAGGGUUCAGAUCACAAAGACACAAACCAUUUGGUCAUAACUUAUUAAAGAAUAAAUAAACCGAUAGAGAAAUAAGCAAAUGGUCUAUGAAUUGUGUAAAAAACUGAAUAUGUAAUCUCCCAUCUACAAAAUUUAUCAGUGCCUUAUUGGUUCACAUAAUCCCACAUUAUGUAAUUAGUCACCACCUUGAAAAACUAAUUACUUUGGAGCUAAAUUGUAGUGCUAAUGACUGUUACAUGAACGAAAAAAAAUUUAGGUUUUCUUAUUAUUAUUAUUAUUAUUGUUGUAAUCAUUAUUAUUAUUAUUAUUAUUAUUAUUAUUAUUAUUAUUAUCAUUAUUGUUUUUUUAAUUAGGAAUACCAACUGAGCCUCUAAACACAAGCUCUGUUGAUAUGGUGACACCUGCUAAGACACCAACAGAUAUCAACGCAGACUACUUUCAUUUACUGGUUGGAAUUUGCAUGGAAUCCUUGUGUUCAUCCAGAGCAACACAACCCAACAGUACUGUGUCUGCAUGUCUAAAUGCAUUCCACAGCUUACUGGAUUCUAAGUGGCCACGCACUCUCAUAGGAAAUGAACAGGUAAUAUCUUGAACCUAUCUUCCACAUGUCAGAGAGAACCAUCGUACUUAACUAUGCUGUGAGGGGGCUUUCAAACUAAGGCAUUGUUUCAGAAAGUAUCCUUACCUCUUCCCUCAUGGACCUUCUCAUUUAACUCCACUCUCCUAACCCCAAGUUAAUUCUGUUUACCUUUAUUGCCUAACUUCACAGCCAUCCCCUCUCUUCCCUUCUCAUCUCCCCCCCCACCCCACACCCUCUUUGGAAUUUCUAGUUGGUAUGAGUUAUGGAACAACAUAAUGAUUUGAAACCAUAUCACUAGUAUUUUUUCUGGUGACAUUUCGAAUUAUUCCUGAACUGACAAUUUUGUUUGAAUUAGAUGAUAGUUUGAAUUUGUUUUCCUCAUCAUUUCUUUUCUCUCCCCCAAUUAAACCAAGCAUAUUUAUUAAUCUUGAUUUUCUUCUUCAGAUCCUUGGUGUUGAAAUGUUAAGUGUGUUACACAGAGUACUGCUCACAAGGGACUCUCGUGAUAUCCACUUGGCUGCCAUGAGAGUUGCCAGACAGAUUGUUAAAGCUGCUCAAGAAUCAUUAGAAGGAAAAAAGGCUGCAGCUGCAAAGUAAUAUUAACUAGUCAAGAGUGGUUACCCCAAAGUUAAAUCAAAAUAAUAUGUUCAUAAAAUCAAACAGAAUUAAUAUUAUUUACAGUUCAUUUUGUUGCUUGUGAUAAGUAUUAGUAGGGUCAAUCACUUUCACAUUUGUAAAGCAAAGGUUACAUUUUUAUAUGUUGAAAUUUAAAAUACACAAAAUGUCAUGUGAUACAUUGUUAGUGAAUCAAGUGCCAAAGGAUAAUUUUUAAAAGGGCCAUUGACCCCACAGAAAAAAAAAUUGCUUAAUGAAAAUGAAAAAAAAAAAAAGAGAAAAAUAAACAGGAGGGGUGAACAAUUGCUAAAUUCUGACCCAAUGCUAAGAUUGAAAAACAUUUAGACUGGACACUGAGCAAGCCUCUGAGGGGAAAAUGGUUCAACUGUAUGGUCCAGUAUUCAGUUUGUAAGAGAAAAACUUUACUUUAGGACAUCAUUCCCAAUAGAUCUCAUUUUUUGUAGUUACACGUCAAAAUAUUGAGAUUUGAAGUACAGAGGUAAAUGGUAUUGAGUUAGUAAGAGAAAUGUACUAAUUGAUGUGAUCACUUUUUUUUCCCUCCUCAGUUCUGAGAGCAGCUCAAGUAUAGAUGCAGAGGGAGAGGAUGACUUAACACCUGGAAGAUCCUUAGUGUUUGGUGUGAUGGAGAUUUGUAUGUGCAUCCUCACGAAACAGCUUCCAAACCUUCUCCCUUCAUCUGCCGCAUCCAGCCAGCAGCCAGUUAUGUUGGUGUCUAUUGGCUCAGGGUUUAGAUGUGAGUUUUCUCAAGAAAGCAUUGAUAUUGAUGAUAAAUAUUCAUUCAUUUGUUAUAAACUGUGGACAGAGAAAGAUCUGAAUUCUUAAGCAGGUGAACUAUCAGCAAGUGUGGGUCAUAGUCUAUAAUUACAGUCAAAAAUGUGACAAACUUUACCACUUUUUCUUCAAUCUGUUUUCUCUUCUCCCCCCAACCCUAUGCAUCCUAGAUUAAACUGAUAAUGCCCAGGAUCUGAUUGCAUGAAAUUACAAAUGUGCAUGGGCAAAAGACUGUAGCCAUUAGAUGUCUACCAUUACUUUACAAAGGAGAUUCAAAUUUUUCAAAUGUAUAAUUCUGGUCUAUGAAUACAAAGUAAAUGAAUCAUGUAUUGCUUUGCUUUUAGCAUUAACAGAGGAGAGCUCCAAACUUAUAUCUGAAGCACUAUCAAUCCUCCCAUGUGUCCCUGGCCUUUGUACACCAGAGGCUUCUGUUAAUGUUCUACCAAGUGUACUUUACCUUUUGACCUGUGCCCUGCGUGAGGUGGCCUCAAUUCAAGACUCCACCUCACAGAAAACAGUUUCAGCUGCAUUACAGGCUUUAAAACAACUUACCACAUCUGCAUUCACACAGCACCCUAAAUGUUCCAAGGACUGGAUUGACUUGCUUCAAAGGUUUAAAUUAUUUAUUUGCAGACUUGAAGAAGGACAGAUUCUAAUUUUCUUGUUUUGUUAGCCACAAGUUUUCAGCUCAGUAUGUUUUGUUUCAAUUUUUUUGUUGCACCCCAUUUUUCUCCAAUUGUUACAAACCAGAGCUGUUAUAGAUCUCUAUUUCUUUCCAAGAUCCAAUUAGUAUUUCUCCCUUCUGACUACCAUGUACUUCCUUGUAAAUUAGACAGGAGAAUUUGGUGUUAUAUCAAGAUAACAUCUCAGGCUGAUAAGCUUGUUUGCUCUCAUUACGGUUUUGCAAAAUAAUUUUUGAAAUCACACAGAGAAGUGUCAUGUAAAUCACUUCUGAAGUUAAAGGGUAACCUGAGAGAACAAACUUGAUAUGGGAAACAAAACAUGUCGGUAGAUUCUUCAGCAGCCUUGGCAAUGGUAUUCAUUGUAUCGUUGAUGACAUAUUUGAAUCUUCUUUAGUUUUUGUUUCUUUUGAUCACAGUGCUUUAGCCACAGUUUUGUCAGAUUCCAAAGCUAAUGAGGAGUUUGCAGCUUUUGGUGCAGUAUCAGAAUCACCUGCAAUGGAUGACUCUGUGGUGAUGCUUUCAUUGGCCAUCUUCAUUCUCUCAGCACCAAAAGAAGUGGUGUUGGCAUCAGACUUACAGCAACAGUGUAUUAAAUUAUUUACCAGGUGCCUUAAAUCAACAAUGCAGGUGUGUCAUGUUGCUCCUUAUUUAAGUGGUGUAAAGUUAAUGUCAGCAAUGUGCCUUCUGCUCUAGAAUAUUGAUAACAGUUCUCUCAUUGCUAUUGUCAUCAUCUUAAAGCACCAAUCAAUCCAAAACCCUGACUGUCUUCUGUGGCUAAGGAAGGGAGGGGGAAGGGAGGGGGGGGGGGGGGGGGGGAAUUUGAAUGUUGCCUGGCUGAAAGUGACAAGUCUUUCCAGCAGAAGACAACUAUUACAUCUUAAACUAUGGAGGUGUUUUAGGGAAAAAAAGUUCACUUCUGUGAUCAAAUGGUUCAGAAGAAAAGGGUUAAAAUGUCUACUGGUUGAUGUGUUGAAAGUCAUGGUCAUCUUACAAAAAAAAUGGGUGGGGCAUUUUGGGUGGGGCACCAAUCUUCAAAACUUCAGGGGUUUGCUCCAGGGGGGGUGAGAAAGGUUGAAGCUUUGAGUUGAUUGACACUUAAAUAUCAUCUUUAUACCUUUUGUUGAGAGAGUAACAACAUAUGGAAGUUUGAAACUGAAAAUAAAUAUACAAUAAAUAAAAAUUGAACUUUCUUUGAUGAUAUCUUUCCCCUUUAAUUCAGAUUCAGCUCAAGGCUCUACAGACAUUGGAGUCUGUCUUCCAGUGUAGAGAGCAUAGUGUUGCCUAUCCUUUCAUCAAUGCUUUAGCUCCUCACAUUGUGAUGAUUUUGAAUGACAUGUGUGUUAAGAAGCCAAGCAGCGAGGAACAGGUGACAAUCACUUUAGCUGCCAUCAAGAUCCUGGAGAAUUUGGUGGAACGGACAGAUGAUCAUUUAAGUAAGAACCUCAGGCCUUUAUUUCAACUUUACAUACACCUCGAAGGGAUUUCUUGCAUCACAUUGAGUCAAGUCAUUUUAAAUGCCUAGAGAAUUCUUUUAACAGUGAAGUCAUACUUCUAGUAAUUGCUUAGGAAACUCAUUUCUUCUUGAGUUCUAUGUUCUUGUGCUCAUCUGGCAUCAUACAUUCCCUGCUUUCAUGCACUGAAUUCUGUUUUGGAAUCCAUAAGUGAGUUUUCACAGGGAGAAAGCAAUCUUCACAUACCAAAGAGAAUAGAUUGGUAAAACCUAUAACUGAUCUGAAGUUAUUUAUAGGAUUGAGAGCAUUUGUGGAACUUAUACUGGCUUACAACAUUCUGUUUUCAUUUUGUGUUUGUUUCAGAGGUGCAUAUGCUAGGAUUGCUUGUACCAAUCCUUAUAUCAUUGCUGUCAGACAGUGCUAACCUCCCAAAAGGAGGGAAGAUAACCAGGAACCUCCAUGAUCAGGCUCUGCAGAAACUUAUGAAAAUUGGACCCAAAUACCCUGGGCCUUUCCGUAGCAUCAUGAGUUCACAGCCUGAACUAAAGUCACGUUUAGAAAGUGCAGUCAGAGCUAAUCAGGCAUCAGCCAAACCAAAGCAACCAGCUGUCCAGGCUAAAGUGGCACCAGCACAGCCAUCCAUCAAGCUACGUAUGGACUUCAGUAACUUCAAAUAGCUGGCUUGUUCUUACUAUGAUUAUCAGUUGAGUGAGGCAUGGAAAAAGUUUUGUGCUGGGAGUUUGACUGUAAAAUAACAGUGUUACCAAUAAAUGACUGUGAAUAUAUGAAAGUCAUAUAUUUGAACUACGGAUAAAGGUGUGAAUAUGAAAGAGAUCUUUGCAGUAAUGAACACUACUUGUGCAGUUGUGAAAAUAAGGCCUGAGAAAAUAAUUCAGGCCUGUACAGGAUCCCAGGAUUCGGGAUUCACUGCUCAAGUAGUGUUCAUUGCUGUGAAGAUCUCUUUCAUAUUCAGUGUUACCAAUGGUAACAAAAUCUCAAGAGCUGUGUCUCCAAACGUCAAAUGUGAAAGCCCAUCAUGUCGAACAAAAUGCUGUCACUGGAAAAGGAGCAAGUGGUCCAUGACAGCUACUCAAUUUUAAACAACAAAAUGUGAUUCUUAAGUUUCCAUAACACCUCACUCAAUUAAAAUUGUAGUAUGUGCUGGUGUAUCAUGCUUACUGAAUGACAAUUGAUCAAUAGUUCAGCUAUAACAAAUCAAAUACAAUCAUUUAGUUUUAUUUUGUACAAAGAUUUUAGAGAUAUGAUAUAACCAUAAACAACUGCAAUUUUAGUUCAUGCAUAAGUAAAAUUUGAGUCCUUACAUGAAACUUACACACUCAAGAAGCCCUGUGAACUAAUUGACAUGUUGUAACUAAAGAAUCUUGGCAACAGAUGGAUCCUCUUUGUUUACAUUCAAAUUAAAAAAUCCUAUGAUUGUCUAGAGUGCUUUGACAUCAAACAGCUAAAUUGAACUUAAAUCAACACACUGGAC